AAAAACCUGCUGUACACUAUACCACUGGCACAUGCUCUGACUACGACUGGCAGACAGGCAGGCAGCAGUGGAUCGGAGCAGGAUCAGUCAGUCCUAAAAGCAGCUGCCUAUGAAUGUAUGGUCACUGUCACAGCACGCCGGACUCCCCUGUUGGAGACCCACGACAAUCAGUCUGCAGUCAUUGACUUGUCUUGUGGGAGUUAAAUUAAACAGCAACAUUGGGCAGUUCUUUAUCCAAGAGAGAAGAAGAUUUGUGAACAGGUGACUCUUGUAUCUGGUGAUACUGCCUCAUGCAUCCAGAACGCUGAUGUUAGCAAGUCGAAUACAGACCCUGUGUUACUGUGGACUCUUUGGGAGAUGGUUUAAGGUUUUCACAGUAUCUGAGCUAUUGCCAGCCAAAGGACAAUCGUUUUCUGCAACUGAGUGAAUCGUUGCCAGUACCCUUCAGUGAGAGGUAAUUCUGAGGGCCUCCAGAUAUUAAGCUGUUUAAGUUCUUGACAAAACAUAGUGCUGAAAGGGAACAAUUGUGGAAGAUGUUGUUGGCAUGUAACAACACAUGUUGGCGCUGGGAACAAAAACCUGCCACAUGUGUUAAGAGAUGUAUAUCUAUUAUGUAGGUAGCAGGCCCGCCAACAAGCAGUGAUGGGCAGAUGUGGCUUUCCUCAAUGCCCCUUGGUGUAAGCAUUCCCCAGCUGAAGAGCCUCCAUCUCCAGAUCAGGGCCAUGAGGCAGCCUGUACAUGCAAGCAGUGCAAACCCUCCACAGGUCUGAGGCUCCAGUUAUGUGAGACAUGCCAGAUGGAAAAUACUAAGUGUGUUCCAAGUGAAAUCCCUGUCAGUUUAACAAUUCCCCUUGUAAAUUGACUGUAGUAUGGUCUGAUUGUUUUUCUCCCCUGUUUAACAUCCUGGUGCAAACAUGAUGAACCUUUUCCGCCGUGCCAGGUCACGGUCACCAUCUACGGAAAUUCCAAAAUUGUGCAUAGAGGGCAAGAACCCUGUCCCUAACGACGAACAGCCGGUAGCGAGACCUGACCUGAGAAUUCCAAAAGAAAACCGACGACGUUCCACCAGCUUUGACUCGAGCAGUUUCCAGGCAGAGGUCGAUCGGGCAGAGCUGCUGGACGUCCCGCACCCUUCCCGCAGAUCCAGCUCCUUUGAUGCCGCUUGCAAUGCCUACAGCAAUUAUUCAGAUGACAAUGCUUCAGAUCGGGACUCAGUCAGUAGUCUCAGGGUCCCGUUGUACCUACUACGACGCUCCUCCUUGGACAUUCCCAAGCUGUGUAUCCACUGUCUCCAUGUGGAGGCGCUGGAGUCAGGGGAACUGGCUGACUCCCAGUCUUCCCUGGACAUGAGCAGCGCAGGAGUCAGUGAUGACUCCAGAGCAUCCUCCUCCCUCGGAAGCUUCUCAGAUGAGCUUGAUUCCGAUUUUUAUUUUUCCACAGACGAAAGUGAGGAGGAAAUAGAGGAGACUAAAAAAAGCCCGACAUUUACUCUUUUUCCUAGAAGGAGCAGUUCAGUUUUUGAAGAUUCUGAAAGAGACUGCCAGAGGAAAGACUCGGUGGAGUUGUCGUACACGAACGCUGUCACACUUCAGGUCCCUGUUUUGAAGCAACACCGCUCGUCUUCUAUGGAUGCAACUUAUUCAACAGUGCCUAGUGAUGACAUGCGCCGCUCCUCUUGGGACGGAGAGAGCUUAGAUGUUCCCAAGCAAAACCGAUCAAGUUCUAUUGACGUGAACCUACCUACAGAAGAAGAUUCGACGUAUCACGCUGUCACACCUGCUCCACACAAUCAAAAAGCAAUAUCCAAAAGUACCUUCAACCAUAACAACUUCUUACACCCAAGUCACGCCGAGCAUGGCUACAGAAAAAGAGAGCUUCGUUCCACAGUGGACUGGUGUGAUGGGGCGUAUCACAGUGAACAUCUGUGGGUGGACUCAAAUGCCUCAGGGGAUUGGUGCUACCUCCUUGAGCCGGAAUGUUUGAAAAUGGGCCCACGUAAAAAAUGUUCAGCCUGCAAGAUUGUUGCCCAUGUGGACUGCAUUGGAAGAUUGGAAAGAAAAAACAUGAGAUGUAAACCGACCUUCAGAGAGGCUGGUGUGCGGAACUACAGAGAGCAAACGUACAUGAGACAUCACUGGGUUCAUAGAAGAAGACAAGAAGGAAAGUGUAAACAAUGUGGGAAGUCAUUUCAGCAAAGAUUUUCUUUUCAAACAAAGGAGAUUAUUGCAAUCAGUUGUUCUUGGUGUAAGACUGCCUAUCACAACAAAACCAGCUGCUUCAUGAUGCAGCAGAUUGAAGAGCAGUGCACUCUGGGAGUGCAUGCCAGGAUUAUUGUACCACCAUCUUGGCUGAUCAAAUUACCAAAAAAGGGUUCUUUCAAGUCAUCAUUACGAAAGAAAAAGAAAGCGUCAUUAAAGAAAAGGAAGAGCAAAGAGGACCUGAAACCAUUCAUAAUAAAGCCUGUUCCUUCGAGUAGGCUCAAACCGCUACUUGUUUUCAUCAACCCAAAGAGUGGUGGUAACCAAGGGGCUAAACUCCUGCACAAGUUCCACUGGUUACUGAAUCCACGUCAAGUGUUUGACUUGUCUCAGCAUGGAGGGCCAAGAUAUGGCCUAGAACUCUACAAAAAAGUGCCUAACUUACGAGUGCUAGCGUGUGGGGGUGAUGGCACUGUGGGGUGGAUUUUGUCAACCAUCGACAGCUUAGAGAUGUCACCACCACCACCUGUUGCCAUUCUGCCCCUGGGCACGGGGAAUGACCUGUCCCGCACCCUUAACUGGGGAGGGGGUUAUACAGAUGAACCAAUAUGUAAAAUACUAUGCAGUGUAGAAGACGGUACAGUGGUGCAGUUAGACAGGUGGAAUGUAAAAGUUGAACCUAACGUAGGUGUGGAAGAGGAGCCUUCCGAGAAGGAAGAGGUGUAAAUGGAGAAGCUGCCACUGGAUGUGUUCAAUAACUACUUCAGUCUGGGUGCUGAUGCUCACGUGGCCUUGGAGUUCCAUGAAUCCAGAGAAGCAAAUCCAGAAAAAUUCAACAGUAGAUUCAGGAACAAAAUGUUCUAUGCAGGAGCUGGAGGAAGAGCUUUGAAGAGAAGCUGGAAAGGCUUUGCAGAGCACAUAAAGGUUGAGUGUGAUGGGGUUGAUCUCACUUCCAAAAUUCAAGACAUGAGGCUACACUGUCUUCUCUUUUUAAACAUUCCAAAGUAUGCAGGGGGGACAACUCCAUGGGGUAACCCCAAUGCCAGUGGGUUUGAACAACAACGACAUGAUGAUGGGUUUUUGGAGGUUGUAGGGUUUACAUAUACCUCACUGGCUGCCCUACAGGUGGGAGGUCACGGUGAACGUCUGAUCCAGUGUCAGGAGGUCAAACUGACCACUAGUAAAUCUAUACCUAUGCAGGUGGAUGGUGAACCCUGCCGCCUCCGACCCUCCAUUAUAACCAUAUCUACACGAAACCAAGCCAAUGUGAUAGCCAAACCAAAGCGAAGAGGAUCUGUGCCAAUAGCUAAUGAUCCCCCUUCCAUGCCAGAGAGACUGAGAGUUCAGGUCAGCCGUAUUCGUACAUCUGACUAUGAAAACCUCAACUAUGACAAAGUAAAGUUACGCCAGGCCUCUGUUCCUCUGGGCAUCAUACUAGUCGACAACAACGCUGACCUGGAACAAGUACGACAACAUGUCAACAAACUCCUGGAGGACCAGACCGGCAACUCUACAGAAAUCCAGCGAAAAUCCAAAUGGAGCUUCCUAGAUUCAACGAAGGGAGAGCGUUUUUUCCCCAUUGGCCGAUCCCAGGAACAGUUACAUUACAUUACCAGUAUAUCCUCCGAAGACUUGUACAUUCUCCAUCCAGAGGUCACAGACACAAAUGUUAACAAAAUCGAUCAGAACGGGACAGAGCCAGUCAUCAACCAAUCAAAUCACAACUCUCAUGGCAACAGUAAUGGGGACUUGAUAUUUACCUUCUCUAUGCCAGUGACACCACCCAAGUCACCUGCAUACACGGAAUUGCCCCUGGGGCAGCCUGAGAGCAGAGAGCCCUUACUCCAACCUCCCCUGCCAGGCUCCAAUAACAGGAAGAUGCUUGCCCAUAAUGCUUUCAAGGUGGUGAAUGCCUGCUCAGAGCCAGGUUCUCCCAACACCCCAGAGUCAGAGGCAAUACGGUACCAGUUCUCCAGUGUGGCGAGUGCCACGGCAGAGAUGAAGCCAGCUCGCCUGUGCCUCAAGGACAGCCUGCUUUUGGAUGCCUCGAAAAGAGGAGACUUACAGAAGGUAAAGGAUAUGCACCAACACGGAGCUAACUUACUGGUGACUGAUCAAUAUGGUAUGACAGCUCUACAUCACGCAGCACGGUUUGGUCAUAAACACAUCAUCAAGUACCUCAUAGAAUAUGCACCUCCUGUGAUAUUGGAUAUGGUUGACGUUGAGAAGGGUCAGACAGCUUUACACAAAGCAGCGUGGUACCAGAGGCGGACGAUCUGCUGUAUGCUGGUGGAGGCAGGGGCAUCGCUCACAAGAACUGAUUACCAAGGCAACACUCCUCGCCUCCAGGCAGUGAAAGCUGACGACAAGGAGCUGUCCGCGUACCUGGAGAGUCAGGAACAUUUUCAGUUGGUCGUUUCUGAGGAUCAGGAGACAGCUGUGUAACAGAGGAGGUCCGUCUCUCUGUCAGCCUGUGUGUCGAUCCAUGGGUCAACCUCAUGUGAUAUUUCCCCAAACUGUUGUGUACCUUCAGGCAUUCCAGGUCAAGGUUGUGAGGUCAAGGUCAUCUGACUGUAGGAUGGGAUUUCAGAUAAACAGUGUUUCCACAAAUGUGGAAAAGAGUAACCUAAUUAUUAUCUCAGCUCCUGACAUUUUCCUAUCUCUGAUUUAUAUGUAUAAUAAAAAAAACCAAAACAGGGUGCAUUAUUUUGAUGAAUAAUGAAGACUCCAGAGUGAGUUGUCACUGAUUGCUAUACCCUUGAGCAGUAUGCAGCUAAUGCAAACUUACAGUAGCACCAUAGGACAACUUUUCUACUUUGUUCAUGUAUAUUUGAAGUGUGUAUGAGUGUGGUCUGGUAAUGUAUCCAAGCAAAGGCAAACUGGUUUCCACAUGGUGAACUGUCUGGCUGUUUGUAUUGUUUCGUGUUUCCAGUUGGUACGAUGAAUCAGGGAUUUAUCUAGAAGCCGAGGCUGGACGUGGGAACAGAGAAAAACUUGAUACUCUUUAAUUAUGCAAACAUGAUAUGACAGUUGCAACUUUUCAGGCAGACUUUUCAGCACAGAGUGAUUUGUGAUAUGUGUUUGUCGUGUGAUUUCAGACCAUACAUGUACAUAGCCUGCCAUGUGGAUAGGGCAACACUGCCCAACCUGUGUACAUUUUGUUAAUUGUUGUUCUUGUUCUUGUUAAUUGCUCUGCAAGAGAUGUCCUGCUCAAGCCAUAGUUUUAAAUCCACUCUGUCUGUUUUGAGCUAUAAGCUUCUUCCUGUAUUCUAGACUGGGUUGAUUGGUCAGCAGCUCGGGUACUCCAGACACCCUAUUUGCAUAUAAAGAGUAUUGUUACACCAAUUUUUAUAAUGUUAUGUCAUUUCAGACAACUCUGGCAGAAAUAUAUGUUGAUAUUUAGCUUUAUUUUUCCAUAUACCAUUAACUUUUCCAUAAUAUGUGACAUGAGGUUAAGUGUGACAUGAUGCACAUACUAUACUAUGUAGACCGGUUUUCAGAUAUGUAGUCUAAUGGAAGAAUUAAAUAUGUACAGAAGACUUGUACAUCUUUAUCAGGAUAUCUAUAUAUAUAUAUAUAUAUAUAUAUAUGUUUGCGUUCUAUUACUUGGUAACUUAUUAUUUACGCUUGGCAAAGUGUUACCUUUACUGAUUUAAUUGAUGUAUUAUCUGUGAUUUACAUUUGUACCAGCUUUCCCUUUUCUCUUUCUACAUUAUGGGUUUUUUUGUUUUUUUUUUAAUUUGUUAUAGUGGUUGACUUAAUCACAAUUCAGGUGGACAGUUAUUUAUAUAUAUAUAUGUAGAUGACAUGGAAUGGUUUGCCAUAUGUUUGAACUUGGUCAGUCGUGGUGCGGGCACUACAUAGACCAAACUGGUGGUAUACACAUUGUACAGAAAGGAAAUGUCUGCAGCUUGUCUUUUUUACAUUGCUUCUUGUUCAUAUGCUCAGCACCCACUCUAUCAACCUUUCCAGAAUAAGCAGCUGAACUUUACAUUAUUGUCCAUUUCAUAAUUGAGAACCAGUACAAAGAGUGAAAAAAAUCGCUUAAGAACAAACGUAAUUUUAAGCGAUAAUUUCAUCUGCAGUUUUACUGAAGUGCUCGUAUUACCAAACUGUGAGAACAAAAAUUGUUUGAGUCUAUAGUGCAAAUGGUUCAUAAGAGUUGUCAGAGAAUGGUAUAUGUGGGAUUAUGUCUUUUAUUGUCAAAAAAAUGGUUUACUAUUAGUAUCAGAUACGUUUUUCAUGGAUUCAGAUAAAUAUAUAUGAUGUUCUGAAAUACAGCUUUUUCUAUACAAAGAUUGCCUUUGCGACAACAAGCCAUGUCAUGUCCAUUUACAACCAUACCUACCAAAGAUGACGUAUGUUUGUAGAUGAAUCAUUUGCCAGGUUUCCAAGCAGCUCUUUAACACCUUAUCUUGGUAUUUUGUACAUUGUACACAGAUUGCAGUCAUGUUUUGUACAGAUUACGGAUUUAUAUCAAAAUAUUUAUGUUUGUGAAACCUAAAUGUUAACAGCAGAAGUUGACCACUUUUGAAUUUCACCAGUCAUUUUCUUGGAAUGUCAUGACAGUUUAUGGACCCAAUAUUCUAAGCACAAGGUGACAGUGUUUUUUGUAGCACUUUGAUGUUUUUUUCUCAUAACACCUUUCAGAUGAAUAUGCAAUGAUUUUCUUUAUCACCUUGUAUUUUGCUUUCAAAUAUUUAGACUUGCUUGCCUCAGCCCAUAGUGAUCACUUCCACCAUGUGCAGAAACUUAAGUAAAAUGAUUUUGUGUCUAUUGCUUGUCAGAUAAUGAAGUCAUUCUAAUACUGAAACUAGGUUAAUGUUACUGAGCAAACUAAACCAAUUCACAGUUUGUGAUCUGGUAUAGCGACCACUGUAAUGGCCUCUGUGACUGUCCAUUCAACACUUGAACAGUAUUAACUGUUUGGAUGAUGAACUUGGAAGACGUUUAGUGCUGGGUAAGUGAGUUGAGGAGCUAGAAUUUAAAGGCAAAUCUGUCCAGUUCUACUACAUCGUCUCAGUGAGCUUCUGAAGCUGUGAACCUGUGUCAGGUGGUGUUCUGUGAAAAUAACAUUAUCUCAGGAAAACUUAGUACUAGCUUUGUAUGAUGUUACAACACGUCGGCGGUUGUCCAUGUUUUGUGUAUGAAGUUUUAAAUGGUUAAGUAUAUUGUGUCUCCAGUCUGUUCUCAGUAGCUUCUUCUCAGAGGCUGUCUCAUUUGUAUGCUCUAACUUUUAACUCCAAAGACACUCAGAAUACGGUUUAAUCUAUGUACAGCAUACAAGUGUAAGAACAAAAGUUUUUUUCACGCGUUUCAUGCAUUGUGAGUUGGGACUAGUUGUUAAAAAUAUUGCAGACUUCUUUUCUUUCGUUGGGGUGGAAAACAGGCUGUAAUUGUAAUGUUACAAUUUUGAAUCUGGAAUUUUCCAUAAUAUUACCUUUUUGAAAAAUGUUUAGGCCAAACUGUGUCCGUCGGCUUGAUUUGGAUUGAAGACAUGUUUAAAAGUUUCUUAGCCUCUGGCCCCGGGAUCACGAAGCGAUCUUAGAUUUAAGUCAAAAUUUUAAUCAUUACAUUGGUUAUGUUCCUUUCCGUUAUUCUAGCCGAAAUUUGGUGCACAAUGACUUACCAGAAUUUACGUUGUCGAGCAAUUUUUUGACUUUGUUACGUCAGAAAUAACAAUUUUAAAGUGAUUUGAAAUUUUGAGAUAAAUCUAAGAUCGCUUCGUGAUCCGGACCCUGGAGCUCUAAAGAACCACACAUUCAUUCCUUAGGAACUGGAAUUCAUGCUCUUUGUACAGAGGCAUUCUGCAAUGGUGGGUAGGGGCUUUGUAGACCAUCGAUAUCUUACAGAUUCUAAUGAAGCCGAUCGGUGACCGUGCGCCCCUCUGAUAGAUGUGAUAUAACCAUGCAGCAUUCGACAAUAGUUAGUACACUCUUAUAACGAGCGAUUCAGUGUGUUUUGACAAGUAUUAUAUGUAUUAAGAUGUUCUUGUUGUGGUUUAAAAUUUAUAUAAAUAAGUUGAUGUGUGUUCUUGAAGAAAAGCUACCCAGUGAAACGCCGCCAAUGUACGCUACGCCAGAUGUGUCUUCACAUUUUAAUGUGACGUUGCUUGCCACUUGUGAUUUCUUCUUUUUUGUCGAACGUCCUGCAACACAUUUUGUAAAUGGUUCCGAAGAAUAGUAUUUUUUAUCCUGUACAAUGGAAACACUACCUUUGACCAAGGCACGGUUUUACACUUUUGGAGCACUAGACCCAGUAAUGACGCUGUCAACAAAGCAUUUCAUGAGUUCAGCAGUAGUAAAACCCAGUUCUACAGAAACAUACUUUAGUCCUGUGGCCUUUAUUGUGUUCUAGUACUUCUGGAAAUACUUCCGAGGUUUCAAGGUUUUCACGUCGGAAAAAGCGGUCUUCCGUAGAACAGCCACACCCGUAUAUCUGUGGGAAAGUGCGGGCAUUUAUCUGAUGUGGCUUUUUUUCUUACUCUUGGUAGAAAGCAAAUCUGUUGAUCUUUGUUUUGUUUUGGUGCGAAAAGUUUAAAAACUUACGGUUUCAGUUUUCAUACCGCAUUGCUUUGCGGCGACACAGUGUUCAGACAGUGUCAUUGGUUUCCAUCGUCUAGUGGAUGCAGUGAACCGCAAUAAUGGAUUUAUGCUGUGCUAUGGAUCGAUAUAUAAAUGCACU